GUGGGUGUUCAUGGAUGAUCAGAAUGGAACGUAUUUCGAAGAUCUUCACACUGCGCGCUUGGCAACCUGUAGCUUUUUCUCACACUCUGUACCUGUGGGUGUGUAUGUAACUAAAGCAACGGCUUUCUUUCCUUGUAUUUUCAAUUGUAUGUAUAGAGUCUGUUCCCAUGUUAUUGUCCCGGUUGGUAUGCUGCCACAAGGUGUCGUUUCCUUGUUUCGUUGGCCUUCUACCAUCAUUGAUUGCUCAACCCCUCGAACCAAGCGGCGGUGAUCUAGGAUUACCUGAUAUAAAAGCACCUAUGAUGUUUCGGAGCUCAACAACCUUCCCGAUUCUUAGUCACAAUAAUUUCUGCCACGCUCUACUAUACGCUAGUUCUAUGGCUGAUGCUGGCGAUGAGCUUUAUACAAUCGCGGACUCCUUGGUGGAUGGAUUGCAUAAGGUCGCCGCACCUAGUGUUUACCUCUUGAAAACUGGUUAUAAAUGGUAUAACGCCAAUACUGCUGUUGCAUGUCUCCAGCGCGGGCAUUUCAGCCUGAAAUCAGGCAUAGGAACACUGUUCCUUGAGCAAAAACUGAUUCCUCGUCAGGAGUUGAAGGAACUACUUGAUCAGUUUGAACGUGCUUCGACAGUAGAAGAUUCUUUAACCGCAAAGUUGGAUACAAACGAGAAAUAUCCUUGGAGAGUUAGGAUCUGGAAGAAUUUCAAAUUGCGAGAUAUUGGUGCUGAGUUCGAGGCGGUGGCUCGCGAAUUCUUCGAUGAUGUAGAGAGAACAUCUACUGCUGCGAAGAAGCAGAAUAUAUCCCAGAACCUUGUCUCAUUCGAUCUGGCUCGGGCUUCCUGUCGCGAGAAUGACAAGGAUCUACUGUCAGAGAAGAAUCUGCGAGAAUUCGUCGCUUUCUUCAAGAAGAUUUUAGAAACUUAUGAUGAUAAUGCCAUUCCCAGUGAUCCAUUCAGAGACCGGAACACCGCAGACUCAACUGCAGCAGAAGCACGUGCAGUUAACGACACAUCUGUAAUGUUGGAAGUUGAUAUUACGGCCCAGGUCAACCCAGAUGAUGCUAAUAUUUGAGUCAUUCCAUGCUGGUUUCAUGUCAUAGUAAGCACUCAUAAACGGAUCGGGUAUGCUGAAUUAAACUGUUCUCUCUUCUUUCUGCGACACGGUUGUGGCAUUGAUACCUUUAAAUAUCAUAAUUUAUUCUAUGACCUAGUUACUUAUUAUACCGUAAGAAUAUGGAUAUAUGUUUUUAGAUUCAUUUUGAUUUGUUCAUGCAAUGCUGGCAUCCAUGACAG